AUGGCGACGUGGACAUUGCUCCCGUCACCCGGUCUCGAGAGGAGAAUCAGGAGCGGUACGCACCCUGCUGAACGUCUCUCUCUUUGGAUCUUCGAUGCUGACGUCUAUACCAGCGCCUUUGUAGCCGCCUCGCGGCGCAAGGACCGCAGCCUGGAUGCCCGCUUGGAGUCGGCCAAUCGAGCGUCCAUGCUGCACAAGAAGCGCACCGGCAAGGCCCUCAACAUCACCAAGGAGAUCGUUGAGAAAGAGGCCAUGUACGAAGAGGUCGACGAGCGCUAUCAGGAGAAGCGCCUCCGCAUGCUGCAGGCCCAGAACAUGCAGAUCGAGGAGCAGUUCCAGCGCCAGUUGCUCGCCGCCUUUGCUGCCGGUGCCAACAGCACCAGACAGGCCGGUCGUGUCUCUCAGGAUGGCGGGGUCCAGAAAAUGCGCAUCGACAUUCCCCCUGCUCGGGACUUUUUGCCCGGCCACCAUCACCACCGCUCCAUGAGCGCCGUCUCCGCCAUGUCGGCCAAUUCGGCGGCUGGCUUGGUUUUGUCUCCGUCGGCUUGCAGCCCGGCGACGUCGUACGUGCAGAGCCCUGGCAGCUCGUACGGCAACUUCGCAAACCUACAGCAGCAGUUCCCCGGGUACUUGACUCCAUCGCAGAGCCCAACCUGGCCGUCGACGACGGCUGCCACCACUCAGUUCCAACAGAUGACACCGCAGGCGCAGGCGCAGUCCGUGGCGGCCUGGCGCCAGCAGGUUUUGCAACGGGCUCAUAUGGGCGCAGGAUCCGCAUGGCUGGGCCAUCCCUUCCGUCAAAGGCUGGCCUCUGCGCCUGAUGCCUUGAUGAUGAUGCAGCAGCAACGGUCCGGGGCGGGGACGCCGACCAACAACAACAACAACAACAGCAACAACAGCAACAACAGCAACAGCAACAGCAACAAUGAUGCUGCUGUUUCGCGCUCUCGGUCGGAGUCUGCCCAACCCCAGCCAGUUUUCUCGAAAGACGACAGUCAGCUGCUGUCCUCUGGCGACCUCCUGACGACUCUGGGCCAGGAGACUUGGCCAACCCCGGAGCUGUCGCCGUCUCCGACGUCCAACUCGUCUCCGGCAAGCGCGGGGGAUGACAAGCCGUCUUCGGCUACGCAGGAAGACAGUGAUGUGAAGCAGCCGCCGGUGCUGGUGUCGACGGACGAGGUGGAUCCGGAGUACGACGAGUUCACACGGUUUGCGUUGGGUUUGGAGAGUGGGCCUCAAUGGCAGGCGCCGGUGGCUGAUCCUGCUACUACUACGUUUGAUGACUGGGUGACGCUGGAGACGCUGGACGGCGACUUGACGUUGGCGGCGUCUUCUCGUGUAAUUCUAUAUUUGAAGAUAGGCUGUCGUAGAUAUGCAGGAUUCAAGUUCCAGCCAUUCAGGGGCAAGCAUGGCAGGGUGUGGCAAGGAUGGACCUUAGGUGUCCAAGGCAAGUACCUUCCUAUCCAGGUAUCGAUCGAUGUAUUUAGCUGCAAUGAGACUGAGUUAGGUAUUUCUAUCUAUCCUACUGAAAAAAAAUUCCGAGGACUAGGCAACUCCCUAGCUAGUAUACGGGAGGAAGAGGAAGAAAGGAGGAUGAUUAAGGUUACAAUUCGGAGAAUUAUUAUUCUGAUACCUACCUACCUAGGUAUCCAUUGCAGAUCUAUCGCGGAUCAAGAUCUUCUGCCGUUCUCGGUCAUAUCCACUGGUACUAUUAUUAACUACUACGGAGUUCUUUGGUACCUAUGUCGAUUGCAAAAUCCAAUCCCUCAAGAUAUGUCUUCUCUUGCGGUUAAUAAAAGUUACAUUAUAAAAAAGAAAGCCAGUCCACUCCAGCAGGGUAAAGGGUGA